AUGGCUCAACAGAACCCUGAGACCAAGCACGCCGACCCGUAUAAGGAGGCCAACCUCGACACGGACGUGUCCCUGGAGCAGAAGAUCCGCGAUCUCAGCGCAUUCAUGACACACUGCAAGUUUGCCAUGAUGACCACGCGUGAUGCUGCCUCCGGAAGAUUAGUGUCCAGAUGCAUGGCGUUGGCAGCUCAGGAAACAGGCGGAGUUGACCUGCUUUUCCACACCAACACCGAGUCGGGCAAGACGGGCGACCUGGCGGGCGACUCGCACACCAACAUCAGCUUCCUGACGCACGCAGGCGAGUGGGCGUCGGUCAGCGGCACGGCCAGCGUCAUCACGGACCGGUCGCUGGUCAAGAAGUACUACAGCCCGCACCUGCGGGCGUGGCUGGGCGACCUGGGCGACGGCGUCCACGACGGCAGCGAGAACGACCCCCGGCUCGCCAUCAUCCGCGUCAGCAUGGCCACGGCGCACUACGCCAUCUCCCACAAGACCAUCAUCGGGCACGUGGCCGAGAUCGCGCACGGCGUCGUGACGGGCAAGCCGGCGGUGGUGAAUAAGCUGCGGGAGAUCAGCGAGGAGGAGGUGAGGCAGUGGAGGUCGUCUCAUUAA